AGCGUCACUCAGUUAACCAUUGUCCUCUGGCAGCGCUGCUCAUAACCACAUCCUGUUUCCAUCAAUUAUUUCAAUUGAUUUCUCACGAAUAUGCACUGUUCCAUCCUUGCAUCCCAGCCUCCCUGGCGGGGAGGAUGACUAAUCGUCGAACGAAUAAAACCAUCAUAAUAUCCGAUUCAGAUGAAGAAUAUAAUCCAGCUCCCAAGAAAAAGGUUGUCACCAAGAAGAAGCCAAAAGUGCUUAAAAUAUCGGAUUCCGAAGGGGAAUCGAAAAAAGUGAAACCAAGAGCCAGUAAAAAAGCAAGAGAGACCACAGGAAAACCUCUAUCCGAUGAAAUCAAAGUUUCAUCCUCAGAGACAGUAAAGAAAUCUAGGAAAAGAAAAAGUGAGGAGUCAAUAGAGAUGGGGGGAUUAUUCAGUCAGACAACAAAAUCCAGCGAAUCGAAGAGAGUGAGAACACAGGAAUUUCUUGCUGGGUCUCAAGUUUAUCCAAGAAGCGUCUAUCCAACAUUAGGUCGUCCUCAAGAACAACCAAUCGUCGGAAGAAGACUUAUCUCUCCAACUCGUUCUCAACCAAGUUUCCACGAACCUCCCAAAAAAUACACGUCUUGCGAGUGGACUGACGUCGAUUAUAUCGAAGUGCAACACGGAAUCAGCCGAUCAUUAGCUCAAAUACUCGUUCAAUUCUUUGCAGCUGACAAUACAGUGCCUUUUAUAGCGCGAUAUCGAAAAGCAGCGACGGGUGGUCUCGAAGCUGAUGAGCUGAGGUUAAUAAAAGAGAGCUUUGACAGAGUGAAACUGAUACAACACAAAGCGGAUGUUGUGAUAAAAGCCAUUGAGAAGGUUAACAAGUGGACACCGGAGAUCCACAGGACAGUUAAAUCAAUAAGAUCUUUGAAUGAGCUGGAGCAUAUCCACAGCCUCUACAAGACCACUAAAAAAUCUCUAGCAGAACGGGCAAGAGAUCUCGGUCUCGAGCCCACAGCCAUACUUGUCCUCCGUGGAGGGGCCAUUCCACACCUGGCGAGUUUUAUCAAUAUCUCGAAAGAAGGCCUUCAGAAUGAAGAACAGAUAAAAGAGGGCAUUGUUUGCAUCAUAGCUGAUAUAAUAAACAAAGAUAAAAGGGUAUUCGACAAGAUAAACGAUUUGCGAAGCGAAAUAUCGAUCCAAAUACAGACCAAGAAGACGAAGACUUCCGAUGAAGCAGACGCCAAGGCUGAUGACAAGGCAAUUAAAUACGAUAUGUAUUACGAUUGGAAUUCCUCGGAGAAAAAUAUAAAACCUCAUCAGACACUGGCAAUCAACAGGGCUGAAUCUCAGAAGAUUAUCACAGUCAAGCUGAUUAUUCCAGAUUAUUUUGAGGUAUCUAUGAGGAAAUUUGUGUUGGAUUUGUAUGGUUUUGCUUUGAGGGCUUCGGCUCUUCACGCUCAGCUGAUUAAUGAGGCCUUCAAUCAUGCCUGUAAGAAGUCGAUGAAACCCUCAGUGGCGAGAAGAGUGAGGAGUGAAAUGAACGAGAAAGCUGAGGAAGCCUCGAUGGAGGUCUUCGCUACGAACGUUAAACAGCUGCUGCUGGCCUCACCAGUCCGGGGUAAGGUGGUCCUCGGUAUUGAUCCAGGUUUUGCUCAUGGUUGCAAAUUGGCUGUUGUCAGUCAGCAGGGGGAUGUUUUGGAGACAGCAACCAUUUAUCCACAUAGGAAAGAUGGAAGGGGACGUCAAGAGGCUAUAGCUAAACUGUCCUCACUUGUACGUAAACAUCGGUGCGAUGUUAUUGCGUUGGGAAAUGCAACUGCAUGUCGAGAGACUGAGAUUUUUCUGUCGGAUAUCGUCAAGUCUGGGGUAUUUGCACCACUCGAUGUGACUUAUACAAUUGUUGAUGAGGCUGGGGCAUCGAUUUACAGCUGUGGCGCUGAGGCAAAAGCGGAAUUUCCGAAAUUGGAUUGCAAUGUCAUAUCGGCGAUAUCAAUUGCUAGGCGGCUCCAGGAUCCACUUGCUGAACUCGUGAAGAUUGAGCCCAAGCAUCUGGGGGUGGGAAUGUAUCAGCAUGAUUUGCCGGAGAAACAACUCAUGACGAAGCUGAAUGAGGUUGUUAUGGAAGCUGCGAGUUUCGUCGGAGUUGAUGUUAAUACAGCUUCACAGUGUUUACUGAGACGAGUGGCUGGAUUGUCGGAGACAAAAGCAGCGAAUAUAAUUGAAUGGAGAAGAGAGAAUGGGCCCUUUGUCAAUCGUAAUCAGUUAAUGAAAGUCAAAGGUAUUGGGGCCAAGACUUUUGAGCAGUGCGCGGGAUUCAUUAGAAUUCAACCAGAAACUUCAGUAUCAAAAAUGUCAGGCGGAAGUAAUUUGAUAGGAUUCAAUUACUUGGAUCAGACGUGGAUUCACCCAGAAUCCUACUCUGUUUCCAAUUCGUUGAUCAAUGAUUGUGGCCUCGACGCCAAGAACAUUGGCAGUAGACCAUUUAUCAUCGCCAUCAAGAAUUAUGCUCUUCGGGGGUACGAGUUUCUCACGAAAAAAUUAAAAACUGAUGACACGACUCUGGAAAUUAUUAUCAAAGGUCUUACCAUGGCUAGAGAUGAGGACAUUAGAAGUCAGAACAAUGCGCCAUUGUUCAGGAAAAGCUUGAGAAGCAUUGAUGAUUUGGUUAUUGGGUCUUUAUUGAGUGGUAAAGUCAGAAAUGUCACGCACUUCGGGGCUUUUGUGGAUGUUGGAGUGGGUAAAGAUGGACUCAUUCAUGUGAGUCAAUUGAAAGGGGAAACUUUGAAGAUUGGCCAACGAGUUGACGUCAAAGUACAAAAUAUUGUGAAGGAGAGAGGGCGCAUUGGUUUGAUUUUAAUUACAAGUUAUUAAUUCGAACUUUUCAUAUUAUUGGGAAGACAAAAAAGCGAAUUAAGUGACUGACAUCAUACGAUAAAGCAGAGGGAAUUGUAAAGUGAUUUUGAUUAAGAACGGCUCAUGGCUCCAGUUGUUGAUUUCAUUACUUUACAUUGUGUAAGCUACAAUGAACGGGCAACUGUAGUCAGAUUUUUUUUCUCUUGAUAUUAUUUUUCUAUUUGUUUCUGAAGGUAAGGGACAACUGUUCAAUAGAAAUUCUAUUGAUCAUUGAGAACGAGUUGAUUCAUUUGUUGUGGACCACCAGGUGUACGUGUCCACGAGUACUGUGAAUUGUUAUUGAGUGACCUUUCCACUUCACGUGAUAUUCGUUUCAUUCAAAGUCCAUUCCAUUAAUCUUUAUUAAAAGGUAUUUUAUACUUGUAGAACGUAAGAUUCACAUGUGUCUUGAACGCUGAGAAAAUUAUUUUUCAUCGAAAAUCAUUUUUAAUGGCAAUCUUUUAAUUAUUUUUUUACUGGCUAUUGGGAUUAAGAUAUGGGAGAAAUAAAGAGUGAGUUUGAAACCAAAAACUGAUUCCUGACUUUUCCGACGCCAGAUCAUCGCUGACAAAAGAAUUGAGAAGGGAAUAUACGGUAAAACUGUAUGAAAACCACAAGUCUGUGUUUGCAAAUGGUUAAACUGAGGAAUAAAAACGGAAUAUUUUCCACAAUGGCUUUCCUGACAAUUUGCAGGAGCAGUAUGAAUUCCCUAGACACGAGUGGUGGAAGUCUCCAACAACAGUAAAGUCAGAGGGUUGGCGUCGCGACGUCGCGACGCACCCAUUUCCUUCAUCGACGUAAUCUGAACGUUGAAAAGUACCUCGUCUUUCGAACACUCCGGAAACAAACUCUAAUACGAACUCUAUCGGGGGAAAAUAAUGUUCAAUCUUCUGUAAUGGCCUAGGCUGUAAUAUCCAUUUCAAUC